GAUGAUGUGUACAAGGUAAUGUCGUCGAAUAGCGGAAAGAAGUUCCGUGAAAGUGACCUAGUUGAUGAGGUAACAUUCAUGUUAGCUCAUAUUGACAAACGGAAGGGGUUUCUGUCAUUCAUGAAAUGUAAGGAUGACCAAUGCACUCAUUGUACAGCACAUCCUGUGAUCGCUAAGGAAACGCUUAAUAUAUUACGUUUAAAGGGGGGAUUUCCAUCACCAAUGACGGAUGAAAGUGGGGAACACUUCUACACGUUGCACGAUGUCUUAAAAUUUGAAUUAUGGGACGUAAAUGACACAGCAUUACAGCCAACAUUAGGAAGGUGCCUUAUCUGCCCAGCAUACACAUUUUGUAGCAAAGCAGAGAUUGUUUCUCAUCGUAGGAAAUAUCAUCGUGGAAAGAAAGUGUUGUAAUUUUAAGGAAAUUUAACAAUUGAUUGUGUGCUGGAAUAACAUUAGUUAAAAGCUAAGCAGAUCGUUAAAUGUACAUACAAUUGCUAGAUUUGUGGGUUUAUUUUCUAUUUAGGGCUUUCUAAUUUCAGCAAGUAACUUAAUUUUAUAUGUCCCCUUGUUGGUAUCUCUCAUAAACUAAAUACAAUAGGCCCGAGUUUCAAAUAUCUCUGAAUGUAUACGGUACAUUUUAGUCAUUUCACAUUAAAGUUGUUGUAUUUUAAAACUUGUGAUGCAGCUUAAAUAAAUAUUCAUGCGAGUUUCUGAAUUGAGCAAUGUCUAAUUGUAAUACUGUAAUUGAAUUUCAAUCACCGGUAUGAAUUCAUUUCUAUCAUGCAUAGUAUGCAGGAAAAUGCACCUCUCAUAUUCAAACAACCAUACCAUUACAUAACAUGAAUGAA